AUGGCUACAAAUAACCUUCUAAAUGUUCCAUUGAGGCAUACUUCCCUGAUAGAUUUGGGUCAAGAGCUCAGUUUAGCCAUUACCGAAAAGUUUUUUCAACCACCAUCACUCUUUGAUAAAGACCUUAAUUAUUUAACAACCCUCCGUAAUGAGAUUCAAACGAUAAGCAAUAGCAAAGGAGCUGAGUUGCAUUCUUCUUCUUCUUCUUCUUCUUCCUCAUCAUCAUCAUCAUCAUCAUCAUUGACACAAUUAGAGUCUCAUUUGAAUAAACUAUUUACAUACUUUGCUUCGCUUGAGUCUAUUAGCAAAAAAUUCCCUCAAGACUCCGUACUAUUUUCUUGGACCCCUACAAUUUACAAACAAAACUCUACUCCAAUAAAUGUUGCUCUGUUCAAGUUUGAGCAACUCAAUGUCAUUUUUCAAAUAGCAUGUGUUUACUCUAUAAUGGGAUGGGCCCAAUCACGCCACUCAGAUGAAGGGUUGAAGAAAUCGUGCCAGUAUUUCCAGCAUGCAGCAGGUGCCUUUAACUUUCUUAACGAGCAAGUCCAACGUGUUACAGCCAUGAAUUUAAAGGAUCGUCCUUUUGAGCCACAAGAAGAUUGGGAUAACAAUACGAUCCUGUGUUUGGUAUAUCUUAUGCUUGCUCAGGCGCAAGAGGCUAUUUGGCAAAAGGCUAUUCAUGGAGAGACGACUAAGGACUCGAUCAUUGCAAGAUUAGCUGUUCAGACUUCAGAACUUUAUGCAGACGCGUUAAACUAUUCGCAAACGUCAAGAUACAUCAACUUGGAAUGGCAAAAUCAUAUAACUGUUAAAAAGUACCACUUUCUAGCCGCUGCCCAUUUGCGAACUAGUAAUGUGGCGCUUGACAAUUUUCAAUAUGGAGAGCAGGUGGCACAUUUGAGAGUAGCUCAAGACGCAGUGAAAGUUGCUGUGAAGCACAAAAAAUAUGUAAACAGUUUUGUUAUUGAAGAUCUCACGGGGUUGCAAGAAAUAGUUGAUGCAAAACUACGUGUGGCUGAAAAGGAUAACGAUUUGAUUUAUUUAAAGAUUGUUCCACCUGAAAACGAAUUGAAACAUAUUGCAGGUGCAUUGAUGGUGAAACCAAUUAGUCCAUCGGAAAAGUUUCAACUCGGAAAGACACAAGCGCCAGUAUUGUUUGAUGAGUUAUUACCGUAUGUAAUCAUACAUUAUGCACAAGCUUUGAGAGAAAGGCAGGAUGAUUAUGUACGAGGAAAAAUAUUUGAGCCUAUACAAGGGUUAAAUCACAUGAUGACCAAAUUUUUGAAUGAAAAAAAUCUUCCUGCAAGCAUUGAUGCGUUAGAACAACCUGAAAAUAUUCCAGACUCUAUAGUGCAUCAUUCUAGAGAUAUAAUGGAUCAUGGAGGCGUUAACUCUAUUGAGAACGAGCUUCUCAAUUUAAGCGGCUUAAGAAAAGAAUGUUUGCACCUUAUUCAAGAAUGUCAAUUGCGAGUCGAUAUGGAUAGGCAAGAAGACCUGUUGUUGAGACAAGGACACGAAAAGGAACAGGAACAGGAACAGGAACAGGAACAGGAACAAAAACCCGGCGACUUAUCCCAUUAUCAAAGACAAACCACAGAUGUAGCUGCUCGUGUACUUAUUGAAAAAAUUCACAAAAUGAGAGAGUACCUUGAUCUAGCUGUUCACGGCGAUAUACAAGUGGAACAAAAAUUCAAUAGUAUUAAGGACACUUUGGCGGUACUUAUGGGUGGAUAUGCGUCGCUUCACAAAUUUAUACCAAACUCAAACUAUGUUAAAUUGGACAAGAAUGUUGCUAAUGUGGUGGCGGAGCUUAGAACUGCAUUGAAUGACUGGGACUCUAUUGAGUCGAGCCGAUCCCAGUUUCUACAGGAUGUUGAAAUUAAAAACAGAGAUAACAACAUUUUGCCCAAACUUAUUCAAGAAUACAAGCAACGCAAGGAAGAUGCUUUAUAUGACAAUCAGGGACAAUUUCAAACGAAUGCUUUCGAACUUGUUUACGAAUCCCACUUUAAAAUGCUUGACCUGGAUAUUUCGUAUAUUCAGCAGACCAAAUUAGAACAACAACAACUUGAAUCAAGGAUUGAUACUAUCAAUACUCAAUUUAUUCAACUUUAUACCUCUACUGUCAACUCCACUCAGCAGAAAAGACAAAUGGCAAUGCAACAGUUGGACUCGGCAUAUGUAAUGUACACUGAAAUCAAGGUCAACUUAAAUGAAGGCUUGAAAUUCUACCAUGAUUUUAUCACAAGAGGAAAUAACGUGCUUCGUGAUGCUGAAGAAUAUUUAAGAAAUCGGAGAAUGGAAAGUAGAGAGUUGGAGAUGGAGAUGAAAUUGAAGAUGACUAAAAAACGUCAACAAGUAGGAAAUAAUAAUUUACAAAUCCCAGUAAGGGGCCAAAGUGACACUGCGACUAGCCGAGAGCAACCAAAGUUAGUUUCUCCUAGAGGACAAAAGUCCAAUGUUUGGGAUCCAAACUCUGGUAUCAAGUUUGGAUAA